UCCCUAAAUAUUGUUGCCGGGAUCAAUGGGCAUCCUGGUCCUGCGCAGCAUCCCCUUUGCAGCAUCAGAGAGGUCCUGGAGAGGAGUGCCGUGAAUAUCAUUCUCUAACACCUGAUUCUUCUUAUACCUUCGAAAUAACAACCCGAUUUGACCUAGUGUACCGGUGUUGGUGUUGAGUGUUGAUCCAUUCAUCUUAUGUACGUGAAUAAAAUGAACGGCGAGAAAACUUAACAGAUUCCUGGAAAAAUUUCGAAUUUGAUAUGAAUAACAAUGACAGAUGCCGUUUCGCAGACAGUGAUGAUAACACUGAAUUCAACAUCUGCAUACGAAAAUGAGGAAAUCAUCCAGUUUGAUGAGACUGCAUCCACUUCAAUACCGCUCAAUGUGUCUUCUAAGGCCAUUGGGACCGUUUACUUCAACGACAAAGGACAUUACAUAGACGAUGUAGAUGACGGUUUGAGCGAUUUGGAGGUCCUUUUCUUAGCAUGUGGCUUCACUCUGAUACCGCUCGUCAUUUCAGUUUUUGCAGCUUUCGGAAUAAGAAUUUUAUGGGCAAAAUACAAGAAGAGGAAAGAAAGCAGCUGUGACGAGAUGCUAGAAAGAGACGGGACCAUUGAAUCGAUGAGCAAGCCAUUACAUUCUCAUCUUUUGAAUAGUGAUAAGGUUUUAUGUGAUACUCACUUAGACAUGAGUACGGAGGAAGUAGAAAUAUGUGAUAGUACUGUUGUAAAUACUAGUCAGGUUAGGAGCAAUCACUCCAGUACCAAUGGAAGUAUAAUAACAAUGACGCUGAAAAAUAAUCACCUAAUUGUGGAAACUGAAGAGAGAAAUGAUUUAGAAAUCGACAGUCGUGAAACCACAAUGAGAUAUUCCCCAGGUGCUAGAGAUGGAAUAUUCAUAGUGGAAGUUCAGCAAGGGGUCAGAAGCAGCCCUACAGGGGCUUCCAAUGCUUCAACUUCCAAUUUCAGCAUAGCUAACUUCAGCAAUCAAUGUGCUCUUGUGCAUAAUAACGCUGAUAGUUCCAGCGAAGAGGCCCAAAUGGCGGAACCAGACGACCUGGGCUACACAGAAAGAAGUCUUCCAGAACCCAUCGGCAUCGGCAAAAUCAAAACCGGACUGACCCAGUCCAGCACCAGCCUUUCGAACCAAUCGUACAGCUACACCAAACAGCAGUGCUACGAUAAUGAAGGUUACGGAUACAACCUGUACAACGGCUACUUGAACGACGAGCCCUUGAAGAGGUCUCAGCACCACCAGAAGCUCAAGAUCACCUCCGCUAUCUACAAGAACCCAUCGAAGUCUAUGGAUUUGGACACGCCACCUUAUGGCUUUUUGCUGUCCGAUAUUCAGGCAGCAUCAGCAAGAGAAGGCGUUAAGUGUCAGGUUGACACAGAUGACGUGAAGAAGAUGGAUAAGUCUGUUUCUUCGUCUGGUGCUAGUUAGGUGUAUUUAUAUAUUCAAGAGGCGAAAGUGAGAUGUUUUGGAUCUAGCACUGAAAUUUAUCGAAACUAUACCUAUACAAGGUGUAUUUAAAGGAGAUGCUUUCAUUUAACACAAGGUAGAACUGGUCGUUCACCAUCAAUCACCUAUACAAAACUUCUAGGGGUUGUAGCUCAGCCAUCUUGAAUAUUUUAAAUAGACAAUUUUUGGUGAAAUGACU